UUUCGAAAGACCUAUUUCGUAUAUUUAUAAUUAUUUAAUAAUGUCUAAAGGCGGUGAUGAAUCAAUAGCCUCCGGGCCGGCUUUAAGCUCGCUUCGUCCUGCAAAUGUGUUAGAGAUUCAGGCUCGCGAGUACCUCAAGGAAAAGGAGAUUGAAGUUGGCUUACCUAUCAUGGCUGAGCGUAAGGGACCUGUUCGUGAGGGAGACGUCGAGUUGACUACAAACAUCUAUCCGUUGAUUUUCCAAAGCAACAUUCGUGUUUGUCGCUACGAUGUUGAAGUUUCUGGAACGAAGAGAAGCGGGCGGACCGUCGAGUUCACUAAGAAGUUCAAGGACGAUUUUACCAAAACUGAGCGUCGCUUUCGUACGCGGGAUGUGCUUGUUACUUUUAUGAAUAAACAUAAGGAUAUGGCCAAAGCUGCUGGUUGCAUCUACAACGAUCUCCAGUCAAUCAUGUAUUCUUUGACUCCUAUGUCUCCACAGAAUCAUAUCCAAUUCAGUUUUAAUCCUUCUGAACUUCACAAUGCCAAAGAGUUUGAACGUUUCAAAUUGGACAGCAUCACUUUGGAGUUUAAUCCCACCAAUCCUUUUCAGUUGAGCUUAGAACAGAUACAGGGACAGCGGGAUUUGGUUUAUGCGAACAGAGAUCUUGCUCAAUUUCUUGACAUUGCUACCAGCCAAGAUGUUUUCUUUCGAGAAGGAGAGCACGUUCAUUUCUCUACAUCUAAUUCUUAUAUGUAUAGUCCUGAAAUGUUUGGUUUCAAAUCUGAUGACACUAUUUCUUUUGAGGAGAACCUUACCUAUCUUGGUAUAGGGUGUGACAAAGCAAUUCACAAUGUUCAAGGAGGCAAACCUGGAAGUGGUGGCUUACAAUCAGUUGUUGUUCAACGUCUAAUGGUUUGCACUACUCAUAAUAAAAACAAUGUGCAGUACUUGCUGAUAAAAGGAUUUGCACGCGAAAGCGCCUCUCAAAAAGAAAUAUCCAUCAAUGGGCAACCAACUUCAGUGGCUACAUAUUUCAACCAGAAAUAUGGGGUUUCGCUCAGUCGAAUGGAUUUGCCUUUAGUUAUAAGCAGUACAACCGACAAGGACGGGAAGAAGCAGCAAAAUUAUUACCCAAUUGAAGUUCUCCAAGUUUGUGACAAUCAACGUGUUAAGACUAAUCAAUUGACUUCGCAAAUGACUCAACUAGCAAUUAGGAAGUGUGCUGUUCCUCCAGCUAUUUUACGCGCGCAAAUGGAAAAGGUUGCAAAAUCAUUGCAUCUUUGGGACAGUACUUAUUUGAAUGCUGCCAGAAUUAAAGUGCUUGAUAGACCUCUCGAAUUGCGUGCAAAUGAACUUAAUCAUCCUGAACUUCAAACAGGUGAUGGUAGUGUUUAUCCAAUGAAAGAUACUGCUGGUUGGAGGAUGAAUAAAGUAUUGUCUCCCCAAGCACUCGUGGGUAAGCAAUAUGGAUGGGCUUCUUUUGUUUUUUGGACAAAAAAUUCUGGGCAUGGAUGCUUAACGCAAAAUGAGAUGGAUGAUUUUCUGCGUCGUUAUCAACAACAAGCAAAUUUCAGAGGCAUUAGAUUAGAAAAUCCUGAAAGAAAGGAAAUUGUUACGCUGAAUAAACUGGAUGACAUGGCUCAAUUUUAUGAAUGGGCUUCAAAAAAUGACAUUGCCUUUUUGCUUUGUUUUCAUGGAGAUAGUGGUGAUGCGGAACAAGUUCAUCAUGAGAUUAAAGCAAAUGAGAGGCGUUUCUUUGUAAUUACGCAAUGUGUAAGAACUGGGACUGUUAAGAAUGUUAUACAAAAGGGUCAAAAACUCACAAUUGACAACAUUUUGAAUAAAACCAAUGUAAAGUUGGGUGGAGUGAACUAUACAUUGUCGCGUUCAAGGAUUGCUGCUGACACGUCAACGUUGAUUAUUGGGUUUAGUGCAAACCAUCCUGGUGGUGGUAUUGGUACGGUAGAUGACACUGCUUCUAAUCCAAACAAAGCACCUUCUUUUGUUAGUGGACCACCUACAGCUGUCGGGUUUGCUGCAAAUGUUGGUCCUACGAAAAUGCCAUAUGAUUUUAUUGGUGACUUUCUCUAUCAGCAAGCAUAUCGUGAGGAAAAAGUUAACGUCAUUGAAUCGAUUGUUCAACGAUGUGUUGCUUUCUUUCAAUCAACAAGGGAUGGACGUCUUCCUCAACGUGUUAUUCUUUUCCGUAAUGGAUGUAGUGAAGGAUUAUACCCAAAGAUUCUUAAGUAUGAAGUUCCACUUCUGCGAAAGGCAUUGCAGGUUGAAGGGAUUCAGGAACCAAAAUUAACUUUAAUUGUUUGCAAUAAACUCCAAAGCGUUCGAUUCUUCCACAAAAAUAUUAAUCAAAAUGCCAAGGCACCAGAUCAAAAUCUGAAACCUGGCACAAUUAUUGACACAGCGGCGGUGCAUCCGGAAUUUGCAGAAUUCUUUUUGACUUCACAUCGCGCUUUACAAGGAACUGCUCGGACUCCAAAGUAUACGGUAGUAUACGAUGAUUGCGAACAUGACUUGGAUGAAUUGGAACGUAUCACUUAUGAUCUUUGUUUUGGACAUCAAAUUGUGUCAUCACCGAUUUCUUUGCCAGCACCAGUCUUAGUUGCUUCAGAAUAUGCCAAACGAGGAAGGAAUCUUUACAAUUCUUUAUUUGACGAAUUGAAGCAGAAAAAUCCGGAUAUUACCUAUACCAACUUGAAUGACGACAUCACUUUUUACGGACGUACUGGGACGGAGUGCUGGAUUUCUGAAUACCGGUUGAAUGCUUGA